UUGAAUAACGACCAGAGAAUAUGGAAACUAUCUAGAAUCUGUUAAUAAAGUAGAAGAAUUCGCAUAUGAUCAGAAAUUGUUAGCAGUAAUCCCAGUCUCGAUGUAAAUAUAUGUAUAAUGUGUGCUUGGAUUUGGAAGCAUGUGGAAUAUACGGUUUUAAAAGGGUCGUCAUGGAGAAGGACCCAAUAUCCUGCUCUGACGAAACCACCAACAGAUCAAGACCAAGAACGAAGAACAAGAAGAGAAGAACCUCAUCCUCUUCAUCCUCGUCCUCCUCAGCGUCACCAAAUCACGUAGAAGUGAAGAAGAAAAGGAAAAGAACGAAGUCAGCGUCCUCAAGGUCCUCUUCUUCGUCUUCCUCCUCCUCAUCUUCUUCCUCGUCCUCUUCUUCAUCAUCAUCGUCGUCCUCCUCCUCUUCCUCUUCUUCAUCAUCAUCAUCUGAGUCAUCAGGAUCAGAGAUGGAAGUGAACAGAGUGAAACUGAAGGAUAAAGCACUUAAGAAAGCUCUUAAGAAGAGAAAGAAAAGAGAAAAGGUGCUGAAAAAGAGACUUAAGAAGUGUAAGAAGCAAGCAAGAGAAAAGCAAAAGAAGUCCAUCAAAAAGAAAGUGAAGAAAUUGAAGAAGAAGUUAAAAAAGCUAAAGAAAGAUAGGAAGAAAGAAAGCAAGAAGUUGAAGAAGGAGAGUUCCCACGAGAAGACAAAGAAAGAUUCGGCUGAACAAGGAAAACCUGACUCCAACAAGGAGAAAGGGCAGAGGCACUCCAAGAAGAAGCCAGAAGUGGUGGAGAAUGGCUCAGCCAUUGGCCCAAGUGUCGACAUGAUGAUGGCAAGCCAAGCGACGGCACCUAUGACAAGGGAGGAUUGGGAGAAGCAGGAGAGUGUCCUACGGCGUGUCUAUGAUCAGGAGAGUGGGAGACACAGAUUAAUAAAAGGAUCUGGGGAAGUAAUGGAAGAGUGUGUGAGUCGCGACCGCCAUCGUGCCAUCAACAAAGCUGCAACUCAGGCCGAUGGUGAAUUCUUUCAGGUCUCGGUGAAGUCCCGAGCAUCAAAAUAGCAGCAGCAUUUUAAAGCUGGGAGGUUUUAUUUUCAUCACAGAUGUCCUUUGAAUGAAACAAGUGAUACUGAAAGCUUUUGCUAGACUGGAUUGAAUUGUUUCUUUUGUUAUGUUUGAAUAUAUUGUUAUUCAGCCUCAAGAAACUGUUGUAUAGGUUAUAUAUUUGGGGGCCUUGUUAGCUUUCCUCACUUUUUCCUCUCUCCUGUUCUUUCUGUUUCUUAUUUUUAAUGUGGUAAUGACUUUAUGACAUGUCAUUAUAUUUUUAUUGUUCAUAAUCAUUGCUCAUGCCAUGAAUGUUGAUGAGUUGUUCAUUUAUUUAAUUUCUUUAGUAUGAGGUGGAAUUUAGGGUUGGAUAUGUUUUUGUUAAAAGACAAAAAUAUUGGUUAUUUUUAUUCUCACGUCAUCAUUCUCGACACAUAUGACUCAUGUGGUGUAGACUCACUCAUGAAUAUCUCUUUUUCCAUUAUCGUAGCUUGAGGUUUUUCAUGCAAUGUAACUGCUCAAAUGACAAAAAUUACUAUGAAAAUGUCAUUAAUUGGAAGCUUCAGGCUAUCUCUUACUUCUGUUUUUUCAUCUAACAUAUUGCCCUCAUUCUGUCACAAAAAGGUUUGAAACUGAAAAUUUGGAACAGUCACCAAUUUUUUUUUUUUUUUUUUUUUUUUUUUUUUUUUUUUUUUUUUUUUUUUUACCUGGUAUCCCCCUCGCAUCUUCUCAAACUCCCCAUUACCGCUCUUCUCCCUCUCCCUUGACAUUUCUUUUCUCCUUUCUCCCUCUCUCUCUCUCUUCCUCUUUUUUCUCUCUCCUUCCCUCUCUUCCUCUUUUUCUCUCUCCCUCCCUCUCUUCCU